UUAAAAUAUAAACAGUUUGUAAAAUCAAGGUUACGGUGACGGAAUUUGAUUUGGAGAUGUAAAGAGUUUUUGAGAUUUUAAACAAGUGAUUGAUUUUAUGAUAUCGAUCUAUUUACUCGUGGAUAAGAAUGCUCGCUUUUGGGAAAUUUAUUGAUGAAAAAAUAAACUACCGAUUGCUUCUGUGCUUAAGAGUUGUUAAGAUAAGGAUACAUAUAUUGAAAUCUAUAGUUUUCAUAAGUAGCGCAGUAGAUCGAAGACAUGUUAAGGACUUGGACUUAAUUAUAUAAUUUUGUGGUGCUUGGAAUUAUAACAUUUGCUGCAGUUUAUAAAAAAGUAUAGGACACGUUAUUGAAAAAAGACUACAAUCAUGUAUAUGAAAUGAUAUAUGUAAAAUGAGUGUAAUACAAACCUAGACAAACUCUGAAUGGCCUGAGACUGACAUCAAUGUCUUGCUCUCGUGGAACAGAAUCGGUCGUACCUUAAAUUUUGAGGAUAAUUUGUUUGAGGGAACGACAAACGAAGGUAUCAACCCGAGCCGGACAACAAAUUAACUGCAAAAAUAAUCUCCGACGUAAAGCUCCUACUUAAUCUUUAUUUAACGUGGAAACAACGCUCGCUGCAAGUGGAGUUUGCACGACAUCAGUUUAUAUACCAACACCAUUCCCCGCUCGUGCGCGCGUGCACCAUGGCGUCCCUGAUCUCCACCAUCGGCGACCUUCUGCUUUGUCCGGUGUGCAAGGAGGUGCUCCGACAGCCGCGAACGCUCCCCUGUCAGCACUCCCUCUGCCACGAGUGCCUCAAGACGCUCAUUACCAAUGUUGACCGCCUUGAGCAGAGUCAUGGCGACUUCCCGUGCCCCGUGUGCAGGGCCGUCACCAAGCUGCCUAAGGCGAGCAGCAUUGAGAUACAGGUGGUUGCCUUUCCCAUCAACCGGCUCGUCCUGUCAAUGAUGGACGCUAUCACGCAGCACAGCGAUGACUGGCCCAAGUGUAAGCUCCACCCCGACAAGUCAGCUGACCUCGUGUGCGUCACGCACGAUAUUCUCGUGUGCAGUAAAUGCAUCCUGACGAGCCACCGUCAUUGUCGUGUGCUGGACAUGAACGAUUACGUCAAGAGUACGUACUACACGUCAAAAAUGAACGAUAUCAAUGAAAAUCUAACACGUUAUAAAAAUCACCUAGGAAUCAUAAUGGACGAAAUCUCAAAUAAAAUCGACGGCGUUUCUAAAGAUGAGGAGAGUCUUAUGUAUGAACUAAAGGGGUUGCGAGAUACGUUUAACUCGGCAUUUGACGCCCUUGAAGACAGGAUUCUGGCCAAAGGACAGACGUACAAGAAACAAGGUGUCACGUGCUUGCAGAAACAGCGAACCAUGCUUCAGGAGCUGACGACUGACAUCACGACCUCUAUUGGAGAGCUGAAGGAGGCCGGCGGCUCCGAUAUCCCCUCCAGGCGACUCCUGGCGCUACGCACCGCAGAGGCCAACCUAAAAAUGGUCGACAUGGAGAUGGCCAACAUAACGCUACCCGUCACUAACUUCAAAUUACAGUACGUACCAACAGGAUCCAGUGUUAGCGCUAAGAUGGAAGCGUGCAUGGUGAUGUUGAAAGACGCCGUAGACGUCGUCACGGACGAGGGCAGCUUUGAGGUUCCGCCCUUGCCACCGCCCGUCGUCACUAUCCCGCAGACACCAAAGAAGUCACCCGCGCAUGCGCGAACAAGACGUCCGCCGACGGAAGUGUGUGCCGUCAAAGUGAGCUCGUUCGGGGUCCGCAUGCAUAAUGACAAAAGUCCGUGUGACAUAACUGGAUCUACGAUAAUGCCGGACGGACGCCUGGUGCUGGUGGAUUAUAACAACAAGAAACUGAAGGUUCUUGAUAUUGAUUAUAAGCUAAUUUCUGAUUUCAAAACGGACGGCGCCUCGUUUGACGCUACCACCAUCCACAAUAGCCAAGUGGCUGUCACUGUACCGAAAGAAAAGAAGAUUCAUUUCCUGAGUUUACAAGAUGGCAUGCGAGUAUCGGACAGUAUUCAAACUAGAUUAGAAUGCUGGGGGAUCGAUUCAUUAGACGACAAGUUGGUGGUAGUAACAAACAGCGAUGAUCAUAUGAUUUUGUUUCUUAAUAGAAAAGGUACGGAACUUAUUUCUUGUAGUUUGGGGUCCCAGGAUCCAAACAUGAAAUGGCCGAUUUCUGUUUGCGUGGAAUCCAAGGACAGGAUAUUCGUGUCCUGUCAAGGCGAGGGUGACUCGGAUGAUAUAAAUGGCUGCCUGGUUGUGAUCGACUCGGCCGCUCAGGUGCGCAGCAUGUAUAUGGACCCGGGCCUCCGGAAACCGACCAGCUGCACGCGCGACGACGAUGGAAACAUCUUCAUCUGCGGGCUGACGUCAGCAAACGUGCACUUGAUCCAAAAGACGGGUGACCGCCUCGGUCAGGUGAUUUCCGGUCUCAGCAAGCCGAUCAACGUCAAGUUUUGUGCGGAAACCGGAAGUCUGCUGCUGAUGGAGCGGUUCUGCAAUGAUGUGGCAGUUUAUCAGCUGCAGGAAUGACUAACAGAGGAGGCCAGAACCAGGCUGUAGAGUUCUUAGGACACUUUGGCAUUUUGCGCAUAAGUGUGAAGGUAGAAAGUAUGCAGGAAGCAGAUUGGAAAGUGGUAUGUGAAAAAUAUCAGUAUGAGUAAUGAAAUACGGUAUAGCGGUAUUAUUUUGAAAACAUGACGGUACUACCUGUGUCUGAUGAAACGUGUUUCGAAAUCAGAUACAUAAAAGAGAACAAGUCCAGUAUUGUAGGCUUGUCAUAUGUUAAAGGUUAGUCUAUUUAAAAUUUAAAUAGACAGUUUGUGAAAAACCUUUAUAAGACACACCAGCAGCAGUUCUUUAGAAAAAAAUGUGUUCUUGUACGUGUAGUAUAUAUACACAAAGGUUCGCAACAGAACAAGAUGAUUAGAAAAAAAUUCAGGAGUGUUUUCAUUGAAGAAUUAGUGUAUGAAGCGCCAAAUCUACAUACACUGAAAUAUUUUGAGAGUUCUUCUAAGGAAUUAGUAUUAUGAUUAGAUAGACAGUGUGUGAUCGUAUAGGUUUGUUCGAGAUUUAACAUUUACU